UUUUUGUAUAAUUUAGAUAGUAUGGUUGUUUGUUCUCCAAAUCGCUCAAUCGCCGAUGGAAGAAACUAAACCUCAAGCGUUCAGCGAUAAUCGCCAGCUAGGUCUUAAUUCUGAUCAUCUCUUCGUUUCAGGAUUCUAUUGUUGGGAUUGGGAAUUCCUCACUGCUUUAAUUCUCUUUAGUUCUUCUUCUGAUUGUUUCUUUCAAUAAUAAUUUAGAUCCCUUUCUUUUUAUUAUAUAUUAUAUAGAUAUAUAUAGAUAGAAUAGUUUGAAAGUAUUAAAUAAAUUUGUAAAUUGAAAUGGGGCCAAGAUCGGCACCGGCACCUUUCUUGACGAAGACAUAUGAUCUUGUGGAUGAUCCGAGUAGCGAUGAUGUUGUUUCGUGGAAUGAAGAUGGAACAACCUUUGUGGUAUGGAAAACAGCUGAUUUUGCUAAGGAUAUGUUGCCUAAUUUCUUCAAGCAUAAUAAUUUCUCAAGCUUUGUUAGACAACUCAACACUUAUGGUUUCAAGAAGAUUGUCCCCGACAAAUGGGAAUUCUCCAACGACAACUUUAAGAAAGGACAAAAACAUCAACUAAUCAAGAUCCGUCGGCGCAAACCCGCCGCUAUUUCUCCUCCGACUCCGGCGAAGACACCAUUUUCGAUCACAAACUCCGGCGAAGACCAGGGCUACACCUCAUCCUCCUCCCCUGAUUCCAAGAACUCCGGAUCUGUCGAACCGCCAGCUGGCAUCGUGACAGUGGCUGCCCAAUUCGCAGGUUUGACUGACGAAAAUGAAAAGCUUAAAAGGGAUAACGAAAUGCUGAGCUCUGAACUUGCUCAUGUGAAGAAACAGUGUGAUGAACUGGCGGUUUAUUUAAUGGAUAGAGUUAAUGUUGGACCAGAUCAGAUCAAUCGUAUUAUGGGACAAUUAAGCUCAUGUGGGUCCUCUUCCUCAUCGGAGAAUAAAAAGGAAAAAGAGGAGACGGCCGCAGCCGGAGAUGGAGAGAGUACUAAUAAUGUAAAGUUGUUUGGAGUGUGGGUGAAGAGCAGCGGCGGAAGUGCCGGCGAGAGAAAGAGGGGACGGGAAGAAACUCCGGGAACAAUUGGAGUAGGACCGAGGGGGAAGGAAAUGAAGAAGAAGAGUCAUGUUGAAUUUGAGUCACCUUGGAUGAAGAUCUCGUCUUGUUCUGGUGGGGUUAGUAGGGUUUGUAACUGAUGAUGAUGAUUGAUUGGAUCUGGGUCUGGAUCAAAAUCUAGAUCUGGAUAUAGCUGGUUAAAGUUUUAGUAGUUAAGGAUGGACUAUAUAUGUGAUUGAUGGUUUUUAAACUAAGUAAUUUAAUAUAGGGGGAUUCAUUAAAUGGUCUCUCUAAUCGGUAUGUACUCUAUUUUAUUAUAUUUUGUGUUUGAUAUACAACAAUAUUAUAAAUUCUUGAUAUAAUUUGUA